UUUCAUUGCUGUUGGCGCGGGCAAUAAAGUUUUUUACGAAAUGAAUGUAAAGCGUUUUGUAAGUAAACUGAUCGGAAUAAGAAAAUAAUGGAUAGGUACGUGUUGUGUGUCAUUUGCAACACUUUAGGAAAAAACGGCGAAGGUGUGCCUGGACUGACAGCAGUUAGUAAUAUUUAUGAUUUGUUGAAAGCAAACUCCAGUAUUUCUACCAAAUCAAAGAGGUCAUCAUUUCCAGCCUGCUCUCUCAGUGGUGUUCCUGCUGCACAAAGGUGUUAUUUUGCAAUUCAGGCAUUACAUGGAAAUUCUCAGUUCUGCAGCUCAGAAUGGGAAGAAAUCAUCUCCACAUCUCCUCCCAAAAAUGAUAGGGAAGAGUUGACUCAAACAGCAGUCGAGUCCUGUCAAAAUGCUAUUCAGAGCUAUGAGGAAGAGGACCCCACAGAAACCCAAUCGAAGACAAUACUGUUCGAAGAGGCUGCUGAGAGUUUGCACCAGCUAUCGGACAAGCUUCCCCCUCCAGGGAAAGCUCUUCUGGAUAUUAUUUUAUUGGCCACUGAUGAUGAGGCUCCCAGACUGAAAGAAUUCCUCCUAGUGCUCGGGUCAUUGAAGCAUAUGAAAGAGUGGCAUUCUGCAAAGAUAACCAUUGCAGCAAAGGAAGCAAUAGGGUGGCAGAGAACUGCAGCUUACUUGUCAGCAUGUUUUUCUGAUCCUGAACAACCUGAAAGUUGCAUCGAGACGAACGAAGUGUGGAGGGGAAAUGUCUUAAUUCGAGAGAAAAAGUUUGCAUCAGAGGUAAAGUUUUCCGGAUUCAGCUUAAAAGGUACCUGUAGAAACUCAUGGAGUAGUUUACUAUAUCCAGACGCUUCAGAGACUGACAGUCAGACUUCGAGAACCAGUAAACUGUAUUCAGAGGUAUUCCAUUAUUACAAGCCGGUGUUAGGUCUGAUACAGCUGGUGUCUGUCUCCGACCUCCCAAUCUACUUCUGCUCCAGCACAGAGUUUGAACUUUGUGUAUCAACAGCAGCUGAGAGAGGCAAAUCGAAGCUUCUUUUGGACCACCUUGCUGCUCUGCAGGGGAAGGUAGGAGCUUUGUUCACUUUGUCCUGCACUGUAAGCAGCGUGGCAAUCCCUCCAACAAGUCAGUUAAGCACAAGGAAAUGGAAAGAAUACAUAGCUAAGAAGCCAAAAUUAAUUUCCGCUCCAGAUAUUGAAAUGAAAGGAGAGAACUGUAAUUAUUUACUUCUGGUCCAGGGCAAAGAAAAUGGUGGUUGCAAGGCAAGACUGAUUCACUCAGCUACUCAGAUUAAUGGAGCCGCUGCUCUGGUCACAAUAAAUGGAUUGCUCAAUAGGAAGCCGCUACCAGAGGGAGGUCUGGAUGUGACUGUACUGCUGGGGUCUCUGCCUCGUCUCCGUGGUGAACAGCUGAUACAGAGAGAAAAGAAGCUGGCUCAGAUUCAGUUGCUGGUCUUGAAGGAAUACAUGCGAAUAAGAGAGAAGAACAAGAAGCCUGCGUCCAUUCCAGUCAAUGACCUGAAGGUUCUGUUGGCACUUGCUAAGGAGCAAUACCUAAAAGUACACAAUACAAACCUUACCAAAACUGUUCUUCAUGAGGAGGACCUCCUGAAGGAGAAUUGUGAGAAAAAGUAUCCUGGAUAUGAUGUAACUUGUGUGAGUUCCUCAGAGUGUUUUGAGAGAAGCGUCCUUCAGAACUUUGAAAACUUGGAAAGAAUCAGGCAGAGGAUGAGGACAGGCAUAAUGAUGGCAGGAUCAGACUCUUUGCUGGGGCCCAAGGAUGGACAGAGGUUACCUUCAGCUCAGCUGGAUGCUAAAGAACUGCUGAAAUACUUCACACCUGAAGGCCAACCGAGUGGUGAACUCCAGCCAUUGCAGAUCCAGAGAGGGGAGAAUGCUUUCCAUAUGUCUCCUGAUUUGACACCUCGUAAAGUGCAAAAGCUGCUGUUUGACAAGGCUGCCAACUCCCAUUAUCACGGGAUUGAGUUCUGCUUGGAUGACAGAAAAGCUUUGGAGAAAGAUAAGGGGUUUGUAAAACUUCAGUCCCGACUUAUCCGAUACGAGACCCUCACAACAUGCACAAAAGAGUCUUGUCCGAUCCCAUUCGUGCUAAGUCCUGCGCCAUCCCCCACAGUCCUGUCUGAGCCUGGAAGCGUUCCUGACGGGGAGGCAUUCCAGUUCGAGCAGAAGGGAGAGCUGUCUAGACAGAAGCGCAGGUCCAGGGAAGUGGACAGUGGGCCUCUAAAUAAAAGACUUGCUAAAUCUGAGAGCAUGGAUUCCCUUCUGUCGCAGUAUAGUGGCAGCAGUGGACCCCACCAUUCUGUUUGUACCCUGAGAGAUCGGCCCCAGAGGCCUGUGCCUGUGUCCUCUGCUUCUAGGAGGCAGCAUGGCGCUUCUGCUCAGAAUUCCUUAGCAAAAGCAGCGAACCCAAGUCAAGGAAGAACCCAGGAAUAUGAAAAUGAAGAACAGAUCAAAGAAUCUCGGUCUCAAAAGCAUGCUCGGAUGCUGACAGAAGUUGUUGCAAAAACACUAACACUUCAUGGAAUUGCUGCCAAUCACAAAUGCUUUGCAGCUUGCAGCCAACGCCUGUUUGAAAUAUCUAAGUUUUACCUAAAGGAUCUGCAAACCUCCAGAGGUCUACACGAGGAAAUGAAGAAAGCUGCCAAAAGUAAUGCAAAACAGGUAAUUGACUGGGUGUUGGAAAAGACUUCUAAAAAAUGAUUCUACUGAUGGGACUUUUGUGAGUGUGUCGCAAUCAGUUAGCUGUUUGUACUCGUUGUGUUAAUGAAAGGCUGCUUGUCUUCCAAUUUCAUUAAUACCAUUAAGAGGGAUUAGCAAAAGCUUAGUGGAGAGAAUGUUGAUUCUAGGAUCUCAACACAAAGUUGUUGGUUAAACUGUGCACAUUUGGUCAUUUUAAAGGGGUCUGAAGGAGUUGAAUUUGAGUGUUGACUAUUAAGUAGUACAACAUAUUGCAUUUUGUAUGUAUUACCACAUAUUCUCUGAAGAAUCAAAUGUGAUUUGUUGAAUUUUGGUAUUCAAAAUAGCUACUGCAUUUUUGUACUGCCCCUUUCUGUCAUUAUGCUUUGUGCAUAUUUUUGUACUGUCUGUAAUAAAAGUAUUUCAUGCAAUGGGUGUGUUUGUUAAUAAAGCAUUUUAUCAUAAAAUGAGAAUGAAACCAAACAACUUAAAAUAAAACUGGCAUUUUAUUUUUAUUUUAGCACUUGACUUUAGAUGCAAUCAAUGAGAUCAAGCAGUAUUUGCACAUUUAAAGAAAAUAUGAUAGCAUUUGUUUCUUUUUAGAGCAAAUCAAAGACAGAAAGAUUAAACGUUGCAAACAAAUUGGCCAGUGUAAA